AUGACUCUUCAACCAACCCCUACCGACGUCGGCGCCAUGUACGAUGAAUAUACCAGCCUUCUCACCGAUGUAAUGGCAGGCUUUAUCCAUGUCGGUUAUUGGGAAGACCCCGGAAGCCAGGAUACAAUGGAGGUUGCCACGGAGCGGAUGACUCGUGAGGUUGGCGAGCGACUCUCCUCCUCAAAUGGUCAGCACAUACUUGAUGUAGGCUGUGGCACUGGGAAAUCGGCCGUCCAAAUCGCCACGACACAUGAUGUGCAUGUUACCGGGAUCACCGUCAGCAACCACCAGAUUGAGGUUGCUCAAGCACAGUACGCACGCAACAUCAAGGCGGGCCAGGUGGACUACCAGUUUGCCAACGCCAUGGAUCUACCAUUUGCUGACUCCUCCUUCGACGGCGCCUACGCGAUUGAGUCGCUGGUGCACAUGGAUGACAGACGCACUGCCCUUCUGAACAUCGCGAGAGUUCUUCGCCCCGGCAGCCGACUGGCCAUCGCAGACCUGUUUUUAGACUCCCACUGUCCCAACCCCGAAGCGCUUUCGCGAUUCCACGAGCUCUUCCAGGUUCCCCCCAUGCCCUCUGGUGAGGAUCUCCAAGAUCUUCUGCGCGAGACCGGGUUCAAGGUCCUUGAAUUCACGGACAUUAGAAAUAAUGUUCGGCCGGUCUGCAAAUUCCUUGAGCAAAAGGCUCUGUCGCUUGAGGGCGAGGUUGGUGAGAAGUUGCUUGAAAUAGCAACCAGCAUGGCAACUCUCAAGGAGCUCGGUUACGCAUUCAUUACUGCAGAGCUAAUAUAA